GCGGAGGUACGUGCCUAUCGGAGACAAAGCUGUAACAGUUCGCACCCGAACAGAGACAUUGUGUUCAUAUUUGCACUAACCCGACAAUACCCAUUCAUGAGUUCAUAAGGCACAUAUCCGAUGAUGAGUACAUGCGGAGGUAGAACUGAAGUAGAGGAUGCUCAGACUUUCCAUAUUUGGCUUCAACUUGAGAAAUCAACUCCGCCCAACGACCGCCAUGGCGUAUAAGAGUUCCCCACUCAAACCUUUCCAAAGUCUUUCAUCGACACCUUCCCCAUCGUAUCCAUGGAUUCCUUCACUGCUAUCACCUCCUACUUCUUCACCUCCGCUCAGACCGCAAAGGAGGACAUCCGCAUCGAGACCAUUGAGCCCGUCGACAUGGACGGUUCUGGAGGAGGUUCCAGCGGUUGUGUUGUUGUUUGAAUGGCAAUCUCCGUUUUUGCAUGAUGUGGAAGUGAUCACACCGCUCGCUCUGAAUAGCAUCCCUCCCACGCACAUUAUCGCUUUCGUUCCCCGACCUCCCGGUCCCUUGCGCUACCCAUUUUCGGGCCAUCCCACCUCAUUUCAUCAACUUGACUUAUUCUUAUCUUCGUUCUCCAUUGUGGACUCUAUGGUGGUCGUCGCCUUUUGGUCUUUCGGAUUUCGUUCAUGCUGUGUCUGACCAUUGUUGAGAUGUAUGUAACACUUUUGUGAUUGUUGCGCCUGUUACUACACCUGUCUUGUUUUCUGUUCAAUCAUGUUUGUAAAUCACAAACUGCCUAUCCAUU